AUGGCGCGGGCUCAACUGCUCCCCUAUGUGCUUGCUAUUGGCGCUUGCACCUUCCUGGUGUCAACCUUGAGUUUCGUGUCGUCACCAGCAACGACAGUAGAACGCAGCCGGGCUUUGCGUGCUUUGCCACAGCCUGGAGCCAAGACUGAGGAGAAAACGCAGGAGAGCAACGGGGGAGAGUUCAAGAUGCCCAAGCCUGACAUGGGCCUGAUGAACCGACAGGCCAGAGUUGGACAAUCCGUUGACCAAGACAGGCGUGGAAACAUGUGGUCUGUUGAGCCUGCGACAAGGAUCAGAACAGAUGAUGAUGGGGGCGAGCUGCUUCCAGCAGGAAUCUACUUCCCUAUCGUCAUUGUGAUCACCAUCGGCAGCAUCAUUGUGCUCGCUCAAGUGCUUGGCAACGACGCCCGCUUCGGUGGCAUGCUGGGCGACGAUGCUCGCGGCAUCAACGAGUGCCCGUCGCCAUGCGGUACCCGCUUGGCUUUCCUGGGCAGCGUCAAGAACCAGCAGGUGCCAGAGCUGCUGGCAGUUUGCCACGAGAAGAAGUUGGCAGCUGCCCAAGGGCAGACAGAGGGAGGGAUGUUCAAGGUCCGGCUGGUUGCCGAGCUCCCUGUGGGUCAACGCCCAUCUUUAAGGGAGCCCACCGAGGCCAAAGCUGCCUUGCAACAAAAGCAGCGGCAGGCUGAGCAGGCCCAUCGCCGUAUCAAAGAGCUGGAGCAGGAGCUGCUGCAUGUCGAGGAACAUGUCGCAGGCUUGGAGGAGGAGCUGCGGAAGUCGACGAGCCAAGCAGCGCGCGCGGCGGCGGACUUGGUCAGUGCCAAGGAUCAGGUCUCGCAGCUCGAGCGAGAGCUGCGGCUGCGUGAGGAAGGGGACGAGCGUUCCCCACCACGAGGUCGAAAGUUGGACCGUUGUCAGACCGAUGGCGUAAGGGACUUGGACUGGGCCAAGGAAGCGCAGCUGCAGGCUGAAGCAGCCCUGGAGGCCCUCAAGCGUGAGCACGAGGAGGUCUUAAGGGCCCGAGACGCGGAGCACGAGAAGCAGCGACGGCACUUGGAAUCCUUGCAGGAGCAGCACCGGCAGCUCCAGCAGUACUGUGUGGACCUGAGAGCUGCGUCUCAAGAGAUCCAAGGUUUCUUGGAAGCUGCCGAGGCAGAGAAUGUGGAACUCCAACGGGAGGUCAUUGAGAUGAAGGAGGUGCUGGAGGCUCAUCACCUCGAGAGGGCGUCGAGAGGGCCUUCGAAGCAGGUGGACUUCCAAGGUACCAGCCUCGCCGAUGAGCUCAUCGACCAUGCUGAUGCUGAAGAGCCCGCAUCUUUCUCGGUUCAGAAGACGAAGAGCGUCCACAUGGCGGAAGAGGUGGGCGAGGACGUGCCCAGCCGGAGCCGGCGGAGCAUGAAGCCCAAGCUGCGGCGGAGCAGUAGCAGCUUUGUCCAAGCAGGAGCAGUAGCAGAUGGGAUAUAG